AAUAUGGAGCGGGAAAGGGCAGCUAGCAUUGGCAGUUAACGGAUGCGAAUUUUUUAAACUGCCGCAAUCACUUCUCUGUUUAACUAACUAACAAACAAGUUAAAUUAACCCUUGGCCGUACAUAACGAAGGUCCAAGUCAAGUGUAGUAGAGUGAAGAAGACAUCGAGGCAACGUUAAUUUAGCAAUGCUGACUUCGUUAGCUCCUCAGGUAACUUAGCUGUUAACUUUAGUGAUAGCUGACAGUAUAUCUCUAUGGCUACCGGGAGGUGGUACCUGGCUCAGUGAGCGGGUCUCACCUGGUCGCUAUCUCGGACUGGGAAACUGCGCCGCUCUUACCUGGCUCUGCCUGUGAUCCUGGGGGUCAGCUCAGGUUGUUGUCCCCUGCCAUGCUACCACACAGUCCUCCUGUAGAAACCAGAGCCACCUGCUGAUGGCGCCCUCCCGGAGGAACAGAGCCGUAAACGCCGCUGAGCUGUUGAGUCAGAGGAGCAGAGGAAUCAGGGAUGCUGGGACUCUGCUCAGAUACAAUAUGAAGGUCCUUAGAGGUAUCAUCCUCCAGGACAACAGGUAUUUCAUUAAAACUUGGAGCAAGACCUCAAAAUCCACAAUAACAUAUGGGAAUGGUAAAAUGUACUUUGAAAACUACCAGAACUGCUACAGCUGUGUCCAUUCAGAACCUCAAGUUCUGUACAAACUGCCUAAGAGAUCGAAAUUGGAGAAAUUUAAAGAGGCCUUGCUGUGCCAGAGCCCACUUGAGAACACAUUGGCCUCCCCCUCUGAUCAUAAAGCCUGCCUCUUGGCUCUGACAGCUGAUAACUGGCUGUAUCGCCUUUCAGCUGAAACGGGCGAAGAGCUGCAGAAAGUUUACCUCUCUUCAAACCAUAAAUUCAGGUAUCUUGGCUGGGAUGUUUCUCAAGAGAUACUUUAUAUCAAAUCUGUUCAAAACAAAGAAACAUCUUUGGAACGACAGGCAGGUAUCACUCAGAAUACAGUGAUGCAUCUGGCCAUCUUUCAUGUCUUCCCCUUACAAAUUGUGGGCAUUUUGGAGAUCAACAAACGGGUAUUUGGAAAUGGUGUUACCGAUGUUGUUCUCUCUCAAGGUGUCCUGGUGGUGUCCUACAGCAACAAGUCAGUGAAGCUGUACAGCUUUGAGCACAUUGUCCAAAGGAACUUGACAGAGAAGUUGGAACUUGGAAAGCAGAGUUCACUUCUUGGAGGCAAAACGGUGGGAGAUGUUCCGUUUGGUAUCCCAGUAAAUAUCCAGAUAACAUGUUGUCCUCCAAUUCUUUUCGAGGUGUCAUGUGCUGAUAACGCCGUCCAAAUCGGAGGCUUCCCGUGGCACUACAUCUACACACCACCGCAUAAAAGACACAAGGGCACUCACCACAUCUGUUCACUCAAGGACAGCACUAUGGCAACAAAUGGAAUACAAAACAUGAACUGCUGCUCUCUAGAGAGUGACGGGAUCUUCUUCCACCCUGACGACUCGGGAAGAAUCAUUCAUUUUGGACCUGCCACCAUAAAUGUACUAAAGAUCCUCAUGGAACUGAACAUUGGUUUACCAUCAAAGGUAGUUGAGGAAUUCUCUAUGACAACUCAUCGAAACAACAAUCCAACCUCACAACUCACCGUCACCUCGUCAGGCCGCACAGUGAAGAAAAGAUUUCAUCAGCUGGAUGAUGACCCAGAUCAUGAGACUUUCCGUAUGGUGGAAUAUGAAGAUGAGCUGGACCUUUUGGUAGUGGUGGUAACGAACGGUGAGGAGGGAGAAGGCAGAGCCCACAUCCAGCUGCAUGACAACCAGAGCGGGCGGUUACUGCGGACGGUCGACCUGGUUGAACCGUGGGACGAGACUUAUCGACAUGAGCUUUUCUUUGACAAAGACACAAUUGUUCACAUUGAACAAAAGAACUCCAACUUCUGCUGCCAUGUUUACAAACUCACCGCUGCCAGGAAAUAAGUGGCGGUUACUUCUUAAGAUUAUGUAAAUAUUUGUUUCCAACUUGGGUUUUUGUACAGCACAUAUGUAUCACUAACAUAAGUUUGUGUAAAUUACAUUUGAUAAUCACGGUUGUGGCAUGUUCAGGCUCACACCUUUGAUGAACAGUUUUUACACUCAUUCUUUUAAAAUAAAAUCAUAAAUUUUUCCAAGUUACUCUGCAUUUCUGCC